AUGAAUAAUUGCUAUGCAUAGAAUUUAAGUCUGAGUUAAUUACGUCAAUUGCCACAAGAACGUAUGCAUGUUAAAAUGUAUAAAAAUGAAGAAAUAACAUUGACACCUCAGAGUAAUCGUAGUUAAUUGAAUGAAGCUAUCGAGAAUCUUGAAAUGCAAUGGCAAUCUAUACGGAAAUAACAUCUAGACCAACGUUCUUGUAGUCGAAGUCCUGCCAAAAACAACCUUAUGAAUCAAUUGCUCAAAAAUAAGGAUAAAUAAUAGUAAUGCAUUUUGAAGAAGGUUGUACCUUUAUCAACCAUUAACUUAGCCAGAAUCUAAGAUUAGCAGCAACAAUAAUAAAUUCAAUGCAAUCCUUAACAAUAAGCACAACGCAAUCAUCUUAAAGAUUCCUCUCAUUUCCAAUACAUUGCCAAUAAAUACUGUAAUAUCUACAGAAGACCUAGUCCAGAAUAAUAAUACGUAGUGAAUUCCCUCAGAGAUAAUGAAUAACUGAGUUAUUCCAUUGGCAGAAAUCAGAUCCAAUAACAUCAAUACCAAAGAAAUAAUCUCAAAGUCUUGGAUGAAAGAGUAAGAGUCAAUUCCCAAGACAAAUACACAGCCCAAGCUCUAUCCAACAGUAAUAUACUCAAGAAGGAUGGACCCUAACGCAAAAGAGUUUCCCAAUAUUUCAAAGAUGAGGAGAAUAAGAUGACAUCUGUCAAAUCUGUUGCUAUGUAAAAUUAAAGAAUUCUUCCAAAAAAACGACCCUGA